CAGGGCAGCACCGCUGAUUAGGUGUUCCAUCGCCCUGGUGGAUUCCUCGUUCAUUUGCGGGGGUUGAGGAGUUCGGGAGGGGGUCCGGAGAAUAACAUUUCACAAGAAGGAAUGCUGGGCAGAGAUGAACAUAUUUUUCAGUUUAAGACCAUCCUUCGAUUGAAGCUGCAUGAUAAAGUUAUGCCAGCAUGGCUGGUGUAAGAGAAGUCUAUAGAGCAGGAUGGUUGAAGAAAAUUACCUCAGAUGAUAAAAAGAAAGCAUUCAAGAGCCCGCGCAUCCAGAAGGUGUGGCUGGUGUUCUGCGUGCACGACGAGCGGAGUCCGUUUCUGGAGCAGUAUGACUCGCGGCAGCUGGCCGCCGGCCACCAGCCCGACUUCGCCUACCCACUGGCCGAGUGUUUCCACGUGUCGGCCAGCAUCCGCGCCACGCUGGAGGAGGAGCACGAGUUCGUGGUCACGCUGCGCCAGGACGUGGUCAAGUUCUCGUCAUCCCGACAGGAGGUGAUCAAUGAUUGGAUAUCAAUUUUGCGGAACCAGCUUCAUGAGCUUAAAGUGCUGGAGUCCAAGUCCAACCUGUACUCGCGGGCGCCACGGCAGCUGGUGCAGUUUGGUCUUCAGCGUGAUCCGAACUCGCCUCUGCCGCCGCCGCCGCCGCUGCCAGUGCUCAACACGACCCUGCUGCAGUCUGCGCCCCCGCGUCCGCGAGCGCCAUCCCCGCCGACAGCCACCUCCGAGGAUGUACACUCCGAGUCGCCCAGCGCUGCGCCGGAGGGUGGCCGGCAGCUGGGCCUGCGCGAGCACCAGGUGCUGGCACUGCGGCGCGAGAUCGCGCACCGGCCCGGCGUGCGGCUGGUGCUGCCGCGCCGCACGCUCAGCGGCGCGCUGGCGCUGGCAGACGGCUUCGGCGCUGUCUGGCUCUGCGGCUGGCGGUGGAAGGAGCAGCCGACGCUGUCCUGCGCGCUGCACGUGGGCGACCGGGUGGCCUCUGUGGGCGGCGUGGCUGUGACCUCGGCUGCCGAGUUCUCCCGGCUCGUGAAGCAGCAGCAGGCGCCCGUGACGGAGCUGGUGGUGCAGCGGAUGCCGCACGCCAUGGUGGUCUCGAUGAGGCGUGAGACGGAGGGACAGGAGCUGGGUCUGCUCAGGGACGGCGGCACCGGGGAGGUCCUCCAGGUGCUGCCGGACGGUCUGGCGGCCGGGCACGGCCUGCCGGCCCGCUCCGGCUCGGCCGACGGCCUCUCCCUCUGCAACUGGUACAUCACCGAGGUCAACAGCCGCGCCGUCAGCCUCUUCAGCAAGGGCGGCGAGCUGGGCAGCCGUCUGGCGGCGGUGGGUCGUGACAUCAGCCUGGUGGUGCAGCCGGCCGACCUCGUGCGCCUGAUGAAGCGACAGCUAAAGACGAUCCGCGGCUACAAACAAUACGUGGUGCAGUAGUGAAUCCGGUUCGCGCCGCGGGGUCGGCUUACGUGGUGCAGUAGUGAGUCCGGUCUGUGCCGCGGCGUCGGCUUACCGGCUUACGUGGUGCAGUAAUGGGCCUGGUCUACGCCGCGGGGUCGGCUUACGUGAUGCAGUUGUGGACCUGGUCUGCACCGCAGGGUCGGCUUACGUGGUGCAGUAGUGGACUCGGCCUGCGCCGCGGGAUCGGCUUAUGUGGUGCAGAAAUGAGUCCGGUCUGCGCAGCGGGGUCGGCUUACGUGGUGCAGUAGUGGGCCCGGUCUGCGCCGCGGGGUCGGCUUAUGUGGUGCAGAAAUGAGUCCGGUCUGCGCCGCGGGGUCGGCCUACGUGGUGCAGUAGUGAGUCCGGUCUGCGCCGCGGAGUCGGCCUACGUGGUGCAGUAGUGAGUUCGGUCUGUGCCGCGGGGUCGGCUUACGUGGUGCAGUAGUGGGUCCGGUCUGCGCCGUGGGGUCGGCUCUCGGAGACAACGACUGGGGCGGCGCGCGGCGACGGGGGAGGGCUGCUGGGGGGGCUUGUCGCCCUCUCCAGUGGCAGCGGCAGCGGCGCGUUGUGAUCUGUUCGGUAUCACCUGUGGCGCAUGGGACACGACAACGAAGACAGCGGCGUGCCGCGGGUGGGGACCGCGGCGGCCCCGCGCACCGACCGCGGCGGCCACGGAGAUGAGAUGUGCUUUCGUAGUUGAUUAAUGAAUCGGCUCGGCUCACUGCGCGAUGCUGGAGGUUGAUAUCUCGUGUAGGGGCAGGGCAUCGAAGCUGGGGCAAUGAGUGCAUUUCUAUGCGUUUUCUGCAACGUUCACAUCGACAAUAGAUGCUCGAUCUCGACAUGGACGACGUCUGCAUGCCUGGCCUUGCAAUGCUUAGGGUACGUAGCCAACAUGCACGGUAUGGUUGUGUGUUAUGGUGUUUCCGUGAAUCGGUAGCUUUGUUAACUUUUUACCGACUAUCAUGAUAUGAACUUGCUACUCGUUGGACAAUAUAA